UAAAAAGCAGGUUACAUUCAGCCUGGAAGGGAGUGAGGGUUGGAGGAGAGGGGAGGGGAGAGCAAGAGAGAGAGAAAGCGAGAGAGAAAGAGAGCGCAAUUUGCUCAGUGAAUUGCUUGCAAGCUUUGGGCUGAUAAUUAGGGAUCUCAGGGGUGCAAUUUCUCAGAAUAACCUGCUCGCCUUUGGAUGGACCGAAUGGAGACAGUGGUUCAGUCCUGCUGAUAUUUUUAAAGCCCUCCUCGCAGUUUGAUGGGCAUUCCCAGUGCUUUUGUGCACGUCUCGGAGAGCGUUGACGUGGAAAGGAGCAGCAAGGAGGGGGAGGUUGGAGAAAAAAAACUGCAGCUCUUCUAAAAAUACGGAGGGCAUGCGAGAGUGCGAGCAGGCUGGGAAGGAGGGCGAGGGGAGAGCACCUCGCACCAUGGUCCCUGGACACUCGGAGAUGUCCCUCCUGUGACUGGAUGCACCAUGAGCAUCUGGGAGGUGAUCCUGGCUUUCGUGGUGGUGGUGCUGAUGCUCGUGGCCCUGCUGGCCAACGUGCUGGUGCUGAUGUGCUUCUUGUACAGCGCCGACAUCCGCAAGCAGGUCCCGGGAUUGUUCAUCCUCAACCUCACCUUCUGCAACCUGUUGAUGACCGUCUCCAGCAUGCCCCUGACCUUGGCUGGGAUCAUUUACAAGAGGCAACCGGGAGGAGAUCAGAUCUGCCACGUUGUGGGCUUCCUGGAGACUUUCCUCACCACGAACUCCAUGUUGAGCAUGGCAGCGUUGAGCAUUGACAGGUGGAUUGCCGUGGUCUUCCCUCUAAGUUACCACUCCAAAAUGAGGUACAGAGAUGCUGCUCUCAUCCUGAGCUACACGUGGUUACACUCCGUGUCGUUCCCCAUAGUGGCAGCGUCUCUCUCCUGGGUGGGUUUCCAUCACCUCUAUGCCUCCUGCACCCUGUACAACAAGAGACCAGAGGAUAGGACACAGUUUGUGAUUUUCACUGGGGUCUUUCACACCCUCAGCUUCCUCCUCUCCCUUGUAGUCCUGUGUUUCACUUAUCUCAAAGUGCUGAAGGUGGCACGGUUCCACUGUAAGCGGAUUGACGUGAUCACUAUGCAGACCCUGGUGCUGCUUGUGGACAUCCAUCCCAGCGUAAGAGAGCGUUGUCUAGAAGAGCAGAAGAGACGGAGGCAACGAGCAACAAAGAAAAUAAGUACUUUCAUUGGUACCUUUAUACUUUGUUUUGCACCUUAUGUUAUCACAAGACUUGUUGAAUUAUCCUCUGUGAUCCCCAUCAAUUCCCACUGGGGAAUUAUCUCCAAGUGCUUAGCUUACAGCAAAGUUGUUUCAGACCCUUUUGUGUACUCUUUGCUACGGAAUCAGUACAAGAAGACGUGGAAGGACAUCAUAAACAAGAUCCUCAAAAGGAGCUCCAUCAACUCCUCCGCCCUCACAAGCGAGUCACACAAUCGAAAUAUACUGCAGCUGAAUGAAUGAGGAGCCUUCCUUAUGGGUACGGGAUCUUCCAGAAGCG